AUGCCUAACAUCACCCUCGAACAGGCCGAAGCGGUAUUGGCUGGCGCGAAAGCUGCCGCCCUGGAAUUGGGUAAGCCUUUCAGCUUCUCGGUGGUGGACGCUCGCGGCGACCUCAUCACGAUGUGCAAGAUGGACGGCUCCGCCUGGCGGACCCCAUACGUGUCCAGGGGCAAGGCGCGGGCCUCGGCCUGCUUCGGCGAGCCCAGCGGCGACCUGACCGAGCGGUCCACCACGCCCAUCAUGCGGGCGGUGAUGGAAGUGGAACGCGGCGAGUUUGUGCCCGGACAGGGCGCGCUGCCCAUCUAUAUGAACGGCGAACUCAUCGGCGCCGUGGGCGGCAGCGGCGGCACCGCUCAGGAAGACGAGGACUGCUCACGCUCCGGUAUCGGCCGCGUGGCCGGAGCCAGCGCCAGCCGUUAG